GGUCCGCGGCCCCAGCCUCCCCCACGAAGCCACGCGCACGCACGCCGGGUCAGGAGGACUGCGGGGGAGGCUCGGGCUCCUCCCGCCGACACACAGGGGUGCCGAGCGAUCCCCGACGGCUCUGAGUCAGCCGCCGGAAGCCUCGCCCGGGAUCGCAGCUGCGGGGAAGCAGGCAGCAAGCUGGAGGAACAGCCGCCGCCGCAGGAGCAGGAAUCUCCCGGAUUCUCUUCAGCUCCUGCUCCCGCCCCUUGGCCAGGCUGUUUCGGGGCGCGGCGGGGGUGCUGCUGCUUGCCGCCGCCGGUGCUCCCCGCCAGUCCUCCUCCUCCAGCCUCGGGCUGCCCUGGGGUCCUGCCCUUGUCUUCUUCCUCUUCCUACCUGCAAAUACCGGGAAUUCUUAAAAACUAGACCUUCCCUGAUGGAGGAUCUCCAUGAAGCAAAUGGCAGGUUUGCCAUCAACUUAUUAAAAAUGUUGGGUGAAGAGGACAGCUCCCGAAAUGUGUUCUUCUCCCCUCUGAGCAUCUCUUCUGCCCUGGCCAUGGUCUUCAUGGGGGCCAAAGGAAACACCGCCACCCAGAUGUCCCAGGCGCUUUGUUUGAACAGAGGCGGAGAUAUUCACCAAGGUUUCCGGUCACUUCUCACGGAGGUUAACAAAUCUGGCACUCAGUACUUGCUCAGAACUGCCAACAGACUCUUUGGAGAGAAGACGUGUGAUUUCCUUCCUGCCUUUAGGGAAUCCUGCCAGAAGUUCUACGAGGCCGAGCUGGAAGAGCUGUCCUUUGCUGCAGACACGGAAGAAUGCCGGAGACACAUAAACGACUGGGUGACGGAGAGGACGGAGGGUAAGAUUUCAGAGAUCCUGGGUGCUGGGACAGUUGAUCCGCUGACUAAGCUGGUUCUCGUGAAUGCUGUCUAUUUCAACGGAAAGUGGAAUGAGCAGUUUGACAGAAAGUACACAAGGGGGAUGCCCUUCAAAAUCAACCAGGAGAAAAAGACCGUGCAGAUGAUGUUUAAGCUCGCUAAAUUUAACUUGGGGUAUGUGGAUGAGGUGCACGCUCAGGUGCUGGAGCUGCCGUACGUGGGGCAGGAGCUGAGCAUGGUCAUCGUCCUUCCGGAUGACAACGCCGAUCUCGCCUUGGUGGAAAAAGCCCUAACAUACGAGAAGUUCAGAGCCUGGACAAAUCCAGAAAAGAUGACUAAGGAUAAAGUUCAAGUUUUCCUUCCCCGAUUGAAGCUGGAGGAGAGUUACGACUUGGAGUCUUUUCUCCGAAGUUUAGGUAUGACUGAUGCGUUUGAGGAAGCCAAGGCAGACUUUUCUGGAAUGUCGGCGAAGAAGAACGUGCCCAUGUCCAAGGUGGCGCACAAGUGCUUUGUAGAAGUGAACGAAGAGGGUACGGAGGCGGCGGGGGCCACAGCCGUGGUCAGGAACGCUCGGAGCAGCAGACCCGAACCAAGGUUUUGUGCAGACCACCCUUUCCUUUUCUUCAUCACACACCACAACACCAAGAGCAUUUUGUUCUGUGGCAGGUUCUGCUCCCCAUAAGGAGGUGCACUUGCUGUAAACACUCCUUUUGCUUCUGCCCACCUGCCUUAAUGCAGAUUCCUGUGACCAAACUGGUGGGAUGGUUUGAAUGCCCAAAUAAAGCGUGUGCUCCUGGGAA